GCGCGCCAACCCGGCAUCCUCCUUCGACGGCGACGUCCUCCCGCCGCGCGGGCACGGCGAGCACCCGCACCGCACCGCCAGUGCCAGUGUCCAGCCCCCGAGCGUGAAGGCUCCCGCACGAUGGCCGACCCCGCGGCCCUCACGCACCGCGUCGCCACCCCGGCCGACGCCGACGCCAUCGUGGACUUCGCCCGGCGGUUCUUCUUCGUCGACGAGCCGCUCACCAUCGCGAUUCGGUUGAUGGAGGGCGGAGGCCGCUGCACCGAGCUGGAGGACUACUGCACCGAGUCGCUGGCGGAGGGCAACUCCCUCGUCUCCGAGAACGCCGACGGCGAGGUGGUGGGCAUCGUCCUGAACGGCAUCAAGCGGCGGAUAGAGGGUCCCUGCGAGCCCGAGGAGCUGCCGCCGCCCGAGGGGCAGGCCAACACCAAGUUCCGCCACAUCGUGCGCCUGCUGGACGAGGCGGACGCGCAGGCCGACGUGUUCGGCCGCUUCCCGGACGUGGACGCCUACGUGGACAUCAAGAUCCUGUCGGUGCACCCCGACUACCGCGGCAAGGGCAUCGCCAAGCAGCUCAUCGACCAGUCCAGGGAGCUCACGCGCGCGCAGGGGAUGAGCAUGGUGCGGUGCGUGUGCACCAGCUUCUACACGCACAAGGCCGUGGCGCGCCUCGGCUUCCAGCACGUGCACACCAUGCCCUACAAGUCCUUCGUGGACGAGCAGGGCCGAGUGGUGUUCGACACAGAGCCCCCGCACGACAACGUGGAGACCUACGUGGCGAGGGUGUAGCUUCGACGCCUCGUGUUAGUUGGGCUAAAUUCCAUUGUUUUCAGAGUUCGUCUAUAUCCUUAACAACAAAGGCUAGCUUCCAUGUUUGAGCUUAAAGGUUUGGUGUGCGCGUCGCUCCCGAAAUGUCAUGACCAAUGGCUGGCUUGUUUCUGGAACCUUGACUGCCUCUGCAGCUCUGUUAUGAUUGUAAUAAUUUACAAACAGCUUUGUGACUUGUUGCAUCAACCAUGCAUUUAAGCUGUUCAAGUUACCAUAGCAUUUACCAGCUUGCAGAUAUUUUGUUGGAAAGAGUGGAAUGAAUGGAUCAAAUUCUCCAUUCCAUUUACUGUUUUUGUUGUUUAAAAAUCUUGUUUAGCAAGAAUAAUAUAUACCACUGUACAUGAAAAAAUAGGGGCUGGUGUCACCCCAAAAAUCUAAGUACGAUAAGCAAUGCUAGUCAAAAAGAAAUUCAAAUUUAAUAAAUUACAAGAAUAGUCUCAAUAAUUAUAUCCAUACCCUUCAAACAUUAGUGUGCAAAGAGGUAUGUUAGGAGUGAAAAAAUAAGACUCAUACUUGUACAUAUUCAGUUUAUUUGGGUGUGAAGGCCGACAUGGGCUCAGUGACCAAGGAAAAUUUGUGACACACACAUCGCUUGCACAAAAAAAAGAGUACAUAAACACAUGAGUAUUACCUCUCAAGACAGCAUAUUAAAUUAUGUUACAAAGAGGCUUACAAUAACAUUGUUUGCCAGUUUGUCACAGUAAAAACCAAAAGUGCAUGGGAUAAAUCAGAGUGCAGACUAUGUUAAAAUUUAAACACAAAAAAUGAUAUAUUUCUGAAUAUACUUUUUUUGGUUGAUACAAAAUGGCAGUGUUUUGAGCAGGCAAGGAAGUCCAGAGGCAAUACUCAAAUGCGUAUUAUAAAAAUACAAAAACAGAAACCGAAAGAGGUACAGACAUAUUUUAAAUGCAAAUCUGAACAAUAUAAACAAAGAAUACUUCUGCAGUAUGCUUGA